AUGAGGCCCAGCCUGCAGCGCUUGAUUCAGCGUGCAACUUUGCGAUUGGAUGCACAGAGGUGGCCUCGCCCUGGCCCUCCCCCCUCAAGUGGAAACCCUGGUUUCACCUUUAACGGCGGCCGACCGAAUGACACCGGACCAACAAAUGCCUUUAAGCCUUGGCUAUUUUCAUCAUUGCUAGGUGUAAAGCGACAUGGAUUAGCAUGGCUCGGAAAAUAUCCCAUCACAGAGAACGAUACCAUUUGCAUCCCCAAAAGAAUGCUGAAGCUUGAAUCCUAUGAUACAUGCAUCGCGCAAGACAACCGUUCUGAUAGCGAGGAUGUCCUGACGCAAGUGCCAACCGAGCCCGUAUCCGAAAUCGACCAAACGCUCCAGGGAGGUAGAAUCAAAGAGCUGGACAUCUUCAUACUGCUGUGGAAGUUUUGCCAUUUCAUCUAUCCGUUGGUCGCUUGUCUUGCCUUUCCAUACAUCACGUGA